CCGUCAUGCAUUUUUAAUGCCGGCGUUUUAUCAAGGUUGUAGGAGUAGAUGAUGCUAAGCAGAUUUUUCGCGUGAAUCUAAUCGACUGAUAUACGUCUCAUCUGUCUCCCUUCAAUAACGUCGUUGUUCCACAAAAUGGCGGAACAAGUGAGAACUUUGCACGGGGGCUUCGCGUGCCGACUUGUACUCCGUCCUCGAGGUUGUAGGAGUGUGCAACUGCCAGUUCCGCUACCCGCACCAUCUGCCGGCGCACUAGAACAUGCACGCCGAAACUUUGGUUCGACUUCUUCUUCUGCGAGCUCGCUUUUCACCGAUCGCAGCAACGACGAGGAGGACUUCUCUAGGGAGUUUGAGAGAUUGUUCGUUGGAGAAUCUUCGCAUUCAGCUGGCAGUUUGUCGAGGCACUACGCUGGGUCUUUCUCGUCCGUUGACGACGCAGGGAUCAAAAAUCCAGACAUUGCCUCAUCAAGUUCAUCCUCCACGAAGGACUGCGCAACGCCGGCGUGCCGCGCGGUGUGGCGCUGCGCGAUACGGAACUGCCGCGACGCGCGCGUCUGGGAGCGCUUGCUGGACGAGAUUAGUCGCCAAAUGAACUUUCUGAAACCGCAGGACGUGCUCCUCCUCUACUACGGACUUUCCCGGGUCAAGUAUCGGGACCGCAAAUUUUUGAAGGAGCUCAGCUUCCAAGCGAUCCGGCACUGCUCGGAAUACGCGCCGCGCGGGCUGGCGCUGAUCCUCAACGCUUUUCGAAAAUUGGAACUGAACCGGGAUUUAGACACCUUCCAGCUGCUACUCCAGUCCUACCUGUCCCUCCACGGCAGGUGGACGGCGUGGGACCUCGCCCUGGUCUGUAACGCCGCCGCGCACUUCCACCUCUACGAGCCGCGCUUGUGGAAAUUGCUCUCGGCGAAAAAGAUGUCCAUCCUGGCGCAAAACACCGAGCCGCAGGGCCUCGCCUUGAUCGUGGCCGCGCUUGCCAGGAUCGACUGGCGCGACGGAGGUGUGUUGGCCGUCUGCGCCAAGGCCGCCGUGCGGCAGUACGACAGAUUUUCGGCGCAGAACAUCGCAGUUUUGUACUCCGCCUUCUGCAAACUGGAUUUCGACUUCCCGAAGCUCUACCACGCAUUGGAGUUGGCCGCGGUGGAAAGGGGGUAUGUCACGCUGGAAAAAUCUUCAGUGGUAGGAACAGCUUCAAGCGCCGUAGUUCCUUCCACGCUGAAGGACUUCAUGCUUGACGAAGCAAGCGGGGAAACGGAAAACACUAGUGUCAGCACAGAGACUGAGAGCUUUCUCUCCACGGGCAGAGUAGUUGGGCGAAAAAUCCAGCACGUAUCCUGGUGUGACGAUGGGGAAACUGAUGAUGUCGCGACAGAGGACACGAUGAGCCAGGAAUCGCUGAUUCAAUCGCAAAGAGAAAAGGAACUUCUGGCUUUACUAGAAGACGACAUGGAAAAUCCAUCCACCGGUGACGAGAUGGAGGUCCUGCUACCAAACAAAAGCAGAAUUUUUAGCAGUCCUAGCAGUUGUGCUAGUGGUGAUGAUGUUGGGAGUGGUUACAGCGCCGAUGUAGAGAAUGCCUCUGCCGGCACUAGAGACCAAAAUGCAAAAGCCGAUACAAAAUUCGAUCUUCUCGCGCUGGCAAUGCUGGCGCAAGCGUCCGUUUGCUUCACCAAGGGGGCGGAAAGAAACCCGGAGUUUGUGCGCGCGGUUCUGCGUGCAUUGAUAAGGAACAAAGCCAAACUAGACACCUACCACCUACGGAAGCUGCGGUCGGCCUACUUGUUUCUGAAGCACCAAGAACAGUUCAGGAAAAAGUUUCGCGCCGAGAUUUUUUUGUUGGAACGAGAUGUCCUCCCGCGACACCAGGAACUGCUGAAAACGCAUGUCGAGAAACUAGUGAAGCACGGACGAAUUCCGUGCCCCCCCGGCCAGGAGGAGGCGUUUUUGGCGAAAUCGAAAGAUCGAAAAUCUCCCGAAGGAGAGACAAACUUUGACUACUUGGAUCCAAACACUUCUGACACGGGCGAAAAGAUGAAUACGGACAAUACAACUGCAGAGAGUACUUCUAAGUCCAUUUCCGAACUCUUAGGCCUGCAAGAGGAGCAAGUGAAGCACAGUUACCUGCGAGAAGAAGAAAAGUUUGAAGCAAAAGACGCGCGAUUAACGCCGGAACAGCGAUUGAACCUUAGAAAAAUUUACAGUGGAACCAAAAACAAAGGCGCAGUAUGGAUUGCAAAAAUGUCUGGGUCUGGAAGAGUGCAACUUGUCAUGCUGUCUUUGGAUUCCAAAAAAAUCUGUAUUGCGUGACCAGCAACAAGAGUCCAGUUUAUGUUACGCGGAGAGGGGGGAUUUCUCAUGCGGAAUAGGCAUCAGGAAGCUUUCUAAAAAUCUGUGACGCUAGAUCAUGCAUCACAUGCAUCAUGUAUCAUACGAAAUAUGCAUCACAAAUCCCGGAAUCUUCCAGACUCAGACACUUUUACAUUUGAUACGCAGAUGGAAGCGAAACCGCUUGGAAAACCGUUCUGAGCAAACGCCAGACGUUAUCCCAAAGAAAAAAGCUGGCAGGUCAUAUUUGUAAUGUAAAAAUAAGUACACAAAAAAAUCUUUUGCAUAUCCGAAGCAGCAUGCUAUGGGGCCGCCCAUGACAAAUUUUUCUGUGUAUUUAUUUUUGCAUUACAAAUAGAAAUAUGCCCUGCCAGCUUUUUUCUGUGGGAUAGACGUCGCGAUGGAAGCGCGAAGUUUUCGACAUAGUCGAGAAGGAGCUGCGAAUCGAGUGCGAGAAACAAUCCUUGGUGUAUCCGGAUCACGAAGACGCGGUCGUGCUACCGGAAAGAAAAACGGUCAUUCACUGUGUCGGAGUGUACGGGUACUACAGUGACACAACGGAACGCACAGCGCUUUCGAAACUACAUAGCUACUUGCUAGAGAUACAAGGCUAUUCCGUCAUGCACAUACCCUAUUACGAAUGGUCCGAACUGAAAACGACCGAAGACAAGGUACUGUAUUUAGUGUCCAAAGGUAGGCAAAUCGCUGCGAAAAGAAGUGGAACUAGUCAGCAGAUGUAGAAGGAGGAGAAGUACUACAAAGAAUAAGUUUGUAGUUGCGCUAACAAACAUAUAAAUGUUCAUUAUCUUCGAACGGCUGGCGAGCCUGUGAGUCCAGGCAGAGAGAAGAUAAGGGUAGGUAAUUUGAUAGGUAUGCGAGGGUCGGGCCCCUUCUCCUCAUUGCUCUACUAUGUAUCUGCUUGGCUAAAAAUGGGCAAGCGCCCCGUCCCGGCUAGACGCCGCCCGAUUCGAUCGCGCGAUCGAAAUUUGCGCUUCUUCCUCUUGACGUUUUCAGCAAGCGCUGAACAGAGUCAGGGGAGCGCAGUAGCAAUUAGAAAAGCCAAGUGCUGGCGGGUACUGCCGCGGCCAGCUUGCAUCCGCUUUCCGAACUGGGGAGCGAGUGCAGAUCCUCGAUCGGGGACUGAGCACGAGGUGUGCGACUGCAGAUCCCUGCGCGAGGCGUAACGCCCAGAAAUCUACGUAGCUGCAUCGCAGCUCCUUCUGCCGACAAGAGUCGGCGCCCGCGUACUCGCGACGCCCGGGGCCGGGGGUCGCUCGCCCGUGAAUCAUCGCGCGCGCGCAUGUUCCGGGAGAAAAUGCACCGCGUGCUUCUGGUUGAAUGAAGCACCGCUUGGACGGGCUGAGUGGCCCUCGCUUUCAGUAAGAGCAGC